GCAAGACCAUAGGGACCAACGUGUCUCUUCGUCCCUAUGGUCUUGCUGCUAGGGAAGUUCUAUUCUACUUAGCUUUCAACAAUAUACAUUUUAAGGGGAAAUAUUAAUAAAAACGUAUAAUAAAUUCCAACCAUCGACAAAAGGCGUGUUUGUGACCGUGCGUAAUUGGGCUGAAGUUGCAUUCUGGAUUCAGAUGCAGCACGGACAUGUAGGGUUACCUUACUAGCUAUUGUUUUGACGUAACCGGAACUGCGAACACCAAUAGGAAGUCCCCUAACAAAGUCUCAUGGGAGAUUUAACCUCCCCCUCUCUCCCCCUGCGUCUCAGAAAAGAGGCCAAGAAAAGUUAGGGACUCGAGUUGAUAGUCAAGAUGCAUUCUUCAGUCAAGAUCCCCCUCGGUUAAACAAAUGAGUACUUGAGCUCAGUAAAUAUUACCAAGAAGAGGACAUUUUGAAAUCAUCGGUUUGUUGCCAUUUAUAUGUCAGAUUAACUGUUCCUUGGCAAUGUUUUCGAGCCCCAGCACGUCCACACCCUUCUCGGUUAAGGAUAUAUUAAACCUGGAGCAGCACACUAGUGCUGAGGACCUGGUCUCACUGGACAUCUCUCCACGGAUGGACUGUGCCUUACCGACCUCCUCCUGCAUGCUGGCCCGCCUGAAACAGGAGCCGCUCCGGGAGAUAUCGUCUGGAAGCUCGCUGUUUGGAGAGGAGCUCCAUGGUGUUAAAGCCAACAGAAAUACUGACCUCAACUUCGCCGCUGCCUUUUAUGGGAAAUCUUUCUUAGAAAUGGAUAUCAAGGAUGGGAAGACGUACAGCUUUGAGGGGAAACACAGAAAAGACAUGUCCUACAUCUCUCAGAGCGAGCCGGUGGAGGGCCUGAAGUCAGAGGACCCGGAUCGACCAGCCAAACCCCGGAAGCGCAGGAAGCCGCGCGUGCUGUUUUCACAGGCGCAGGUGUAUGAGCUGGAGCGUCGCUUYAAGCAGCAGAAGUACCUGUCGGCUCCGGAGAGAGAUCACCUGGCCGGGGUGCUCAAACUGACCCCCACACAGGUCAAGAUCUGGUUCCAGAACCGCCGCUACAAGUGCAAGAGACAGCGACAGGACCAGAGCCUGGAGAUGGUCGGUAUCCCGCCGCCGAGACGCAUCUCAGUCCCAGUACUGGUCCGAGACGGGAAGCCCUGCCUUGGAGACUCGACGACCUAUAAUASUUCAUAUAAUGUGGGCCUUAACCAUUUCACKUAUAAYAGUUAYCCAGCGUUCAGUAAUUAUCCCAGUCCUGGCUGUAAUAYGAACYAUGCGUGUAACUAUCCCACCACUGCGGUGCAGUCUAUCCAGCCCUCAMMAAACAACGGGAAUUACAUGAACUUCGGCGUUGGRGAGUUAAAUAACGUUCAAAACACGUUUCCGUCCGGCAAUGGAGUGUCUUCUUUACAUGGAAUCAGAGCGUGGUGAACGAAGGAUCGAAAUAUAACAUUAUCAUCAGACAAAUGAAUGAUGUUUUAAAUUGCAUGCGCUUUUACGCAAUGGACUCAUCGGCCUCGAGUGUUGUUAUGUUCUCGUUAUAUUCCAUUUACUGUACUUCGACUGGCAAACUAUUGAUGCAUAAACUAAGUUCAUUUGAUUUUUAUUACUAGUUUCUGAGAUGGAAUAGGGAAUUCAUAAUUGUAAAGUUGUAUAAGAGAUGUAGUUUAUUACUUCAGUGGGAAUAAAACAUAUGUAUACAAUUUGUCAGUGGACAUCUUUCCCUCACUAUAGCUAUUUUCCGUUUUCUUUGAGAUCACAAAUGUACUGUGUGGCAAUUAUAUUUGUAGGUAUUUAAUAAUACACRUAUUAUUUGUAAAUAAAGCUUUUCUUUGAUGUAAA